AUGCAGAUAAUGAUAUCAUAAAUGCAAUAAAAAUAUAAUUAAAUUAUGAUUUAAAAAAUUGAUCAAUUCUUGAUUGAAUUAUAAGAAGAGACAAGUAACAACAUUACUCUAGGCAACGCUCUUAUUCUAUUUCGGAAAGGUGCUCAUUCAAAUUCUCAUUUUGAAUAAGCAGAAUGCUAUACCAAGACCAUCAUUCUACUAAACUCAUUGGGAAAGGUGAGCAAGAACAUUGAAAAAUUUAUAGAAAGAUGUUAGUAAUGUUUGGACUUAUGCUAAUUGAAUCCUUAUAGAUUGAACGAUUGCAAACCAGCACUCAAUGAAUCGCUUGAAUAAAUCCACCACAUUGAUAAGUUAGAGGAGAAGGUGAUUAUAAUACAAUAUAAUAGGUGAGUUUUCUAAUAAAAAGAUGGAAUGUAUUGCUUGUAAAAGGGGGACUCAUUACCUAAUAUGUAAUGUUUAAGCCUAAGAUAUUUAAUUCAGAACCAGAACAUAAAUAUAAGGCAGCUCUAUUCAAAAAUGCUGUUGCUGCAAUCGAUAAAGUGUGUCAUAUUUAUAUCUAUAGAUGACUGUGUUAUAUAGGUUUACACCUGAGGCAGAAAUAGCAUCGUUAUCUUUGGAGUUAAAGGAACAGUUCAUGGUGGUAUAUAAGGAUUACUUAAAGCAAAAAAACAAGGUGAAUGAUGAUUUAUUGUACUGGCUCUAGAUGUUUUUUAAGAGUGCGUCUUCAUUAAAUGAAUUAAUAAUAGAAAGAAGCUCGAGGAUUGAUAAACAAACAAAAUUAUAGAUUUAUACUUAUUUACAAAAAUUAAUGGAAAUAUGUUUAUUAGAAAUUAUAUAAUAAAUUAAGAAUAAUCUUAAAAAGAUAAAAGUAUCUCAGAUAUCAUGA